UCCGUUUCAGCAAAUUCAGAACGUCGCGUCCACUCGAGGAGAGCGAAUGUGUUUUUGUUCCGUUGUUGUUGUGUCCACACCAGCCGUCGUCGGUAAUUGUUCGUCAGGCCGUUCGCGAUUUUGUUUAGAGCCCAAAAGAGUAGUAAAUUUUUACAACAGCACCAGGCAACGACACUAACAAGUGGAGUUUGUUAGUUUAGUGUGCGUCGUCGUCGUCGUUUAGAAGAGCCUGUUUGUUUCUUCCUUUUGUCGCGGUGCCUUGACCACCAAAAAAUCCAAGCAAGCCAGUCUUUUGUUGUGCAGCAGCCGAAGAACACGAGGUGAAGAAGGAGAGAAGAAACCCCGAAAGGAAUAUAUUGGCAAACGCGCUAACAAGAGAGAGGGAGCGAAAGGAAGCAAAAAGAGCGAAGGAGUUUCCGUCGAGUGUUGUGGAUCCAUCCUAGCAGGCCAGCACAGGCUUUGCCAAAGUUUCGAGUUCAGUGUGCGUCGUCGUCGGCAAGGAGAACAAACUUGUUUUGUUCUGGAAAACAACUCGAGAAAAAAAAUCACGAAAGUCGUGAAUGUGCGUCGUGUGUUGGCGUGUGUGUGUGUGCGCGUGUAGUUCAAGAACAUAGGAAAUCUACACUACCUGAAGUAAACUGAAAAUUCCUGGUAGAGAGAAUUACCUGGAAGCAGAGGCCAGCGAAGGAGCACCGAAAGAGAAGAACAAACAACAAAAAGCGGAAGCAGCGUGUAGAAGAGAGCGAAAUCGAUUACAAAACAACAUCGCAGAACACGAUAAUUAGCUCGCUGGAAUUGCGCAAACCGGCAGAACCUAACCUAGCGAACAAGUAUACAUAUUACUCGAAAGAGAUCGUGUGUAGUGUGGUUGUAAUAUUCUCGUAGUGUGUUUGGAAAACCGCAACCGUAGUGUGACAAAGUACAUACAAGUACCUGUAGUGAAAUAAAAAAAACCAAACAACAAAUCUGGCAACCAGUAAAUAUCAAAGUACUACACCACAACAAACAAAACAAACAGUUUGCAAACAAAAAUUGCCCAAAACAACAACACAACAUUAGCGAAAAAUGCUGUUUGAAAGUCCCGUCGCCGCUGCUAAAAUGUUCCCCUACAGUGUGCCUCCGCCGAUACAAGGUGCAGCUGCGGUCCCGGUGCAAAAUUUAAGAUUGCAUGGAACUACCUUUAGCGCCGGAGCCUUGGACACAUCAGGUUUGCUCGAGCAUGACCUACACAAUGCCCUGGUGCCAAUCAAAACGGCGAGCCUCCUCAACCCGCAGGCCACCGCGGCCGCAGUCGUCGUGCAACAGACCAGAGAUCAACAACAGAUACAGCAGCAGCAGCAACAGCAACAACAGCAGCAGCAACAAAUUCAACAGGAACAGCAACUGCAAGCCAACGGUCAGCUGGCGUCGCUGGUUAGCAAUGCCGCCACCAACACCAAGGCCGGCUCCAUCAACGGUGGAGGAAGCUCGUCGGGUCGGUCGACGCCGAACAGCACCAGCGAUCCGGCGCCGGGCAAACUGUUCGUGGGUGGACUCAGCUGGCAGACGUCGUCGGAGAAGCUGAGCGAGUACUUUGGCAUGUUUGGCAAGGUGACGGACGUGCUGAUCAUGAAGGAUCCCAUCACGCAGCGAAGCAGAGGCUUUGGAUUCAUCACAUUCCAGGAACCAAAUAGCGUAGACAAAGUUCUCAAAGUGCCAAUCCACACGCUGGACGGUAAGAAGAUCGACCCGAAGCACGCGACGCCCAAGAAUCGCCCCAAGACGCAAUCGAACAAGACCAAGAAGAUCUUCGUGGGGGGCGUUUCGCAGGACACGUCGGCCGAGGAGGUGAAGCAGUACUUCAGCCAGUUUGGCAAGGUCGAGGAGACGGUGAUGCUGAUGGACCAGCAGACGAAGCGCCACCGUGGCUUCGGGUUCGUGACGUUCGAGCACGAGGACGUCGUGGAUCGCGUGUGCGAGAUUCACUUCCACACGAUCAAGAACAAGAAGGUCGAGUGCAAGAAGGCCCAGCCGAAGGAAGCGGUGACGCCGACCGCCCAGCAGCUGCUCCAGAAGCGCAUCAUACUGGGCAACCUGGGCCUGCCGAUCGCGGCACCGACCGCAGCCCGCCUGGUGGGAGCGGCCCAAGCCGCCACCGGCGCGACUCCGCUCGUGAGUCAGCUCGCGAACCCGCUGAUGGUUCAGGCUCAAGCUCAGGCCGCCCACGCGGCCGCUGCUCACGCUGCCAUGCAAAUGCAGAAUGGCAUCGGAAAAAUGUUCACCACAUAUCCCCCGACGCUGCACAGCUUCAGGUACUCGCCAUAUCCAAUGCCGUCGGCCGCAGCGACCCACGCCGCGAACAUGCACGCUUCGGCGGCAGCUGCCAACUCACUCUCCAACGUCGCAGCGGUCAGCCAACAGCACCAGCAGCAUGCCGCAUCGAUGCAGUCAGCGGCGGCGGCAGCCGCGGCCGCAGCAGCAUCCGCUCAACCUGCCCAAAACCAGGGAGCGCCCCAGCAACCCGCGCCGGGAACGGCCGCUCACCACCACGCCCAGCUAAUGCCGGCCGGUAUGACCGCCGCCGCUGCCGCGGGUAAUCCCUACCAGGGCUACAGCCUGGCCAACGUCGACAUGUCCGGCUUCCAGAACGUCGACUGGGGCUCGAUGUACGGCAUGGGAAUAUUUCAGUUUCCCGAGGCGCACUGCUGAAAAUAGGCGGCGGCCAACAGACAAAACUCUGUGUGAUAAUUGUGUAAGUGAUAAAGACAACGCUUCUUCUCCCCCAAAAAAAGAGCAACUAACUCUUCGGGGUUGGUUCGCAGCAGCAUGACAAAAAUAAACACCUGGCGGCGUCGAAAUAAGCUACUUAAAACUGCAAGAGCAAAAUAAUUGUGUACACAAGACUGCCUAGUUUGAGUUAAACGAACGAAUAUCUUAAUUAGGUUUUUAAGUUUAGUUUUGGUAGCAAUCUUGGGAUUUUAGUUGUCCACUGUGAAGUAGUGCAUAUCAUUUUAGUGUAACGUUUUUAAUUUUACGACAAGCGGCAGCGUAACAGUAACACGAGAACGAGACAGUAUUCGCUAGGAUUAAUCUCUCCGCUAGGUUGUUUUUAUAAGUUGAAGUUUUAAUUUGAGCAUUUUUACUUAUUUUAGACCCAUCGGAAAAUAGCCGUAACCGUGGUGUGAUUCGGGAGUGGUGGAUCGGAAGUUGUGCAUGCUUAAUAUUUUCGCUUGAUUUUAAAUGUAUUUUGGUUGUGUUUUUUGUCACAUCAUCCAUCAAAAAUAAAUACAAAUUGAAUAUUUAAAAAUUGACAAUAAUUAGAAGCUCGUGCUAAGGUCGGUUUUAUGUAAAUUGCACGUUAUUUUUCUUCCAAAAUCAUUUUAUUUGUAGAAAUAUCCGUUAAUCAAGGUAACAAAUACUCAAAAUGUUGUAAUAUGCGUUUUUCAUCAAAAGAUCGUAGUCGUAUUCUGUUUUGUUUUAUUUUAACAAAAGUUUUAUAAUGUUUGGUACAUCUAUCAUUCUAUCACAUUGGUUCCAAUAAUAAUUUGAUAUCAGGCAAUUGAUAAUCAAAUCCCUCAUAUUUCAACGAAACAGAACCAGACUAAGAAGUAAAAUUCUUCUUCUUAUUCUAGGUAAAAAAUCCACAUGUUUUGAGUAAACUGAUUUUUGAGUGUAAAUUUCGUUUACUCUUAAGUGUGUCUAAGUUGUGUAAUUUUAAAGAAAUUUUGUGUAAAAUACACACAACUUAUCGUAAAUUAGAAUUUCCUCAGUUGAUUAUCAUUUGAUCAAAUUUGAGUGAAACUUUUUUGCUAUGCAACUGAGGUUAGACCCGAUAGCUAAACUGCCUGAAAGCUACUUGAACCGUGUGUAAUGCGUAUCUCGUGAUCUCAUCAAGUCCUAAAAAAGUCAGAUUGUGUUGUUUUCCCCCCUCACCCUAUUCUCGGUAUCGAUUGCUUUUACGUUCACGUGUACCUUAGGAUUAAACUUGAAUUGCAGUUUGCGCUCUGCCAAAUUAGGUCUUGUUUGUCCAGCGGAAAUCGCGAUCGAUUUCCUCAGGCUUUUCCAGAUUUUUUGUUGUUCUGAAAUCAUUCUAACAUACCGGUUUGUAGGAUUUUGGUAACAGAAGCGUAUUAACUUUUUAUUUUUCUGUUUGUAACCAUACUUUCUACUGUUCGAACUCUAGCGUUUGUAGUAUUGCAGAGGUCAAAAGCACCGAAAAUGUUGCAUACAAAAUCAAGCAUGAAGAAUUUUUUUCCCGACAUUCCCUUUACUAUACCGAUAGAUUUAUUUUGACGUUUGAACAGUUAGUUGAUGUAUAUUUGCAGUUUUAUAUCGAUUAUAUAGUAGUUAGUGUAUUUUUAACUUCAAGUAUUGACUGCGGCCCUCUGUAUUAUGACAAUAUCCACCGUUUUACUCUCUUAUGUUACGUAACCAAAUAGUAAUUGUUCACACCUUAUCGUAAUAUCAUUACAAUGCAUUGUUACACACUUAGGAGGAUGACAAGUGAAGCUAAAUUAAACAUAUCCCUUUCAUUAAGCGAGUAUAAUAAUCAAAAAAAGAAAUCACUUUAGAGAGCAAACAAAAAAAAAAAAACAAAGAGUUAUAUAUUCUGAAUUAGCGCGAUGUUUAAAAACCAACGUUCUUCCAUAGGCAAGUAAAAAAAAGUAAGUAAUAUCGAGUGAAAACAGAAGUUUAACUAACGCAAAGCAAAGCAAACAAACAAAAGUAAGCAUAUUACGCCAAGAGCUACGCGUGCGUAAAUCAGCCGCGCGCACGCUUGACGGCAAUGAAAUGUGAUCUUUAUGAGUACCAAUACAUUUUAAAAUCUUGAAAGGAAUAAACAACAAAAAAAACACGCAAUUGAGAGAAAUCAAAAACACACUAACUGCUAUUUAGACAAGGCAAAACACUAAAAUGCAAACUCUGUUGAGACGUCAAAAUAGUGUCAAUCUGCUCUGAGAACAAUCAGUCGACGGUUGACAAAUUCUCUCUCCGACAGAAUGCCGGUUUCGUGCUUUUUCGCUGCACGCGCUCUCCGCGAGAGAUGAGCGAGAUCAACGAGAGACGUCAAAAGAUAGCGUUUCUGUCGCAGAGAGAGAGAGGAAGCAUAAAAUUGUGAGUGAGAACUUAGUGAACUUUGAUUUUCAAAAGGGUGGCCUGCUCCGAUUGCCAAACCGUGUAACGAAAGCUGCAAUAUUUUUCGCUUAGGACAAACUAUUAUUUUCUUUCUCUGGCGGAUCGUUUCACUUUAUGAAAAUCGACGCCAUUCUUGUGUGCAAGAGCACAGUUGUUGUUAUCGUGUGUGUAUUUUGAAGGUGUUCCUCUCGCGCUCGAAAAUGGGUAUUUCAGAGCGCAAGAGAGUGGAACACCGUUGUUGACAGCUGUAUUUAGUGUGCGUUAGGGUGAUCAAUGUUGAAGCAAAACAUUAGAAAUAUACAUUUACUUAAAAUAAAAAAAAAGCACAAGAGGAAGGAGAAAUCAGUCGCGUGGACCAAGCAAAACUGAACGCAAAAGCAAGCGAUACGAGAUAGAGAACAAUCCCCUGGUCUUGAAGCAAUCUUACUACACAAAUACAUUACAUGACACAAAUCUAAAACAAAGUUAAUGAAAAAAUCAGAGCUUUUGUGGCCAGGACAAACGACAAAUUGUCGUUCGCGAGCCAAGAGAGAGAAUCAAGCAGUAGGAGUUGGUGAAGAAACUAUGAAAAUUAUCCCAUCGAAUUUUGAAUUUUGCGGUUUUGAUCAAUUUUAAUACAAAAGUAGAGAAUAACCUAUCAGCAAAAAAAAAAAAAACACAUCGUGUAUGUUAAAUAAAGAAAAAUAAAUUAAUACCACAAAAUACUAAAUGUUAAUCGACAUAAACAAACUAAGCAACAAAUCUGUGAGCUGAUAUGGGAGCAGAAGAAAACAAAAUCGCAAAGUUAUACCAAGCCGCGCUGAGCAACCCAAUACAGGAUCCAACAAAAACUGCAACAGCGAGUACAUAAGCAAAACUUUAAAAAGUAUCGCAAAUCAGCGAUCGUAAUAAUAUUCACCGUGGGAACCAACAUAAAUAAGCUCAAUCCGUUGUCGAAAGUUACAUUGUGUGUGGUGUAGCUUGGAUCGAACGACAUGAUCUCAUAUAGGCAGCUUUUCCUUGACACCUUUUUCUUGAUUUGAAGUUUCCCGCUAAUUAAGGCACACCCGAAAUUUCCACACCGCACACGUUUAAACUCACAACACUACACAAACACUCACUCACACCAAAUUCAAUGCGAAUUGUCUUCUGCGCAGAAUAAUGAAUACUCAAAAA